AUGGGGGAAUUUGCCGAAUCAAACGAGACGGCAUCUCGUUGCAAAAUAGUCAUUUUUUCGCAAAAGCCGAGAUGUCUGGAGAUCAUUGCGUCGCAACUUUUAGAUCUCUAUUCGAAUAUCCAUUUUCUAACAGUCACUAGUGAGCUAUGUGCCGAAAAGAGAAUGGAAUAUGUGGAGCACUUCCAAACUGAUAAUGAAAUCUCUAUUCUCUUGGCUACCACAGGAAUUUGUGGACAUGGCUUUUCACUCACAGCUGCCAGUGUUGUCAUUUUAGUUGAUCAUAACUUUAACCCUUAUGUGGACGUCCAGGCGAUUGAUCGAUGCCAUAGGAUUGGACAAAAGAAUGCAGUGAUGGUAUAUCGCUUAGUCAGCAAUGAGCCCAACGAAGAAAGGCUUAUGAAGUACUGUUAUGCAUUCAAUUAUAACCCUUUAGUUUACAAAGGUUUAAGGAAUUUAUCGCUACAACCAUCAUUAAGACGGACAAAAGGGAUAGAGAGAAAUCGGCAGUGA